AUGCCGAGGUCGAGGUCGAAGGAAGACGGAGGAAGAAGGGUUCCUCUCAUCUCCGUCGAGCUUCCCCAGCACGUCUGCCGACUCGUCGCGCCCGACCGCCUCCUCACACGCGUGCCGGCCCGCCGGCUCCUGGCGCUCCAGCUACGCCUCCUCGCGCCCGCAACUACACCGCGGCCGUCCGCCUCCGCCUUCCCGCCAUGGCGGCACGGCCCCGUCGCCGACUCCCCGAUGCUGGCCCGCCCUGCGCCGGUUCCGCCCCGUGCCGACUUCCCCGCGCGCCGCCUCGAGCGAGAGGCCGUCGGCUUCGCCUGCCCGCCCGCCGACCCGGCCGACUCCGGCCCCGGCGCCUGGCGGCUUCGCCUGCCCGCCCGCCGACCCGGCCGACUCCGGCCCCGGCGCCUGGCGGCUUCGCCUGCCCGCCCGCCGACCCGGCCGACUCCGGCCCCGGCGCCUGGCGGCUUCGCCUGCCCGCCCGCCGCCCCGGCCGACUGCGGCUCCGGCGCCAGGCGGCCUCGCCUGCUCGCCCGCCUCCGUCCGCCGCGCGGCUCCGGCGCCAGGCGGCCUCGCCUGCUCGCCCGCCUCCGUCCGCCGCGCGGCUCCACUGCCCCCGACCCGCCUCCGCCUCCCCCGCGCGCGCCGGGCCGGCUCGCCGCUCGCCGGCCCCGCCAGCUCGGCCACGGGCCUCCUCCGCUCCGCGCCGGCUCGCGGCUCCGCCUACACCCAUGCCCGUCGCCUACCCGACCUCCUGCUCCAAGGCCGGCUCCCCCCUUCCCCGCAUCCGGCCGGCUGCUCAGCCGGCUCGAGCGCGGUGGCCGCCUGCGCUCCUCCUCCAUUGCCGUGCCGGCUGCCCACGCGGGGACAAGAAAUAGAGAAAGGGAGGAGGAGUCCGACUAA